UCUGCGUGGUUUGUCGUCUGUCACAGAUGUUGCGUUAUGCGAGUUUUUAUCGUGUGGUUUCUCUCCCUGCUCUUAGGCAGAUGUGCAAUACCAACAUGUCUGUGUCCACUGAUGGUGCAGUAAGCACCGCGCAGAUCCCAGCUGCGGAGCAGGAGACCCUGGUUAUCUUCUACCUUGGCCAGUAUAUCAUGAUGAAACGGCUCUAUGAUGAGAAGCAGCAGCACAUGGUGUAUUGUUCCAAUGAUCUCCUGGGGGAUUUGUUUGGGGUGCCAAGCUUCUCUGUGAAAGAACACAGGAAAAUAUAUACAAUGAUCUACAGAAACUUGGUGGUAGUGAAUCAGCAGGAACCGUCAGAUUCAGGCACAUCUGUGAGUGAAAACAGGUGUCCCCUUGAAGAUGGGAGUGAUCAAAAGGAGCCUGUACAGGAGCUACAGGAAGAGAAACCUUCAUCUUCAGGUUUGGUUUCUCGACCAUCUACCUCAUCUAGAAGGAGAGCAGUUAGUGAGACAGAAGAAAAUGCUGAUGAAUUACUUGGUGAACGACAGAGAAAGCGCCACAAAUCCGACAGCAUCUCUCUUUCCUUUGAUGAAAGCCUCGCUCUGUGUGUCAUCAGGGAGAUCUGCUGUGAGAGGAGCAGUAGCAGCGAAUCGGCAGGGACCCCAUCCGAUCCGGAUCUUGAUGCUGGUGUGAGCGAGCGUUCGGGGGAUUGGUUGGAUCAGGAUUCGGUUUCAGACCAAUUCAGUGUGGAGUUUGAAGUGGAGUCUCUCGACUCGGAAGACUACAGCCUCAGUGAAGAGGGGCAGGAGCUCUCCGACGAGGACGAUGAGGUGUAUCGAGUUACCGUGUAUCAGGCAGGGGAGAGCGAUACAGAUUCAUUUGAAGAAGAUCCUGAAAUUUCCUUAGCUGACUAUUGGAAGUGUACUGCAUGCAAUGAAAUGAAUCCUCCCCUUCCACCACAUUGCAACAGAUGCUGGGCCCUUCGAGAGAACUGGCUUCCUGAAGAUAAAGGGAAGGUGCCCGAGAGUACCAAACUAGACAGCUCCACACCAGGAGAAGAGGGCUUUGAUGUCCCCGAUUGUAAGAAAACCACAGGGAAUGAUUCCAGAGAACCGUAUGCUGAGGACAAUGACGACACGGUCACACAAGCCUCCCAGGCCCAAGAGAGUGAGGACUAUUCUCAGCCGUCAACUUCCAACAGCGUCGUUUAUAGCAACCAAGAAGGUGUCAAUGAGUUUGAGAGGGAAGAAACACACGACAAAGAAGAAAGCGUGGAGUCUAGCCUUCCCCUGAACGCCAUUGAACCCUGCGUGAUUUGCCAAGGACGACCUAAGAACGGUUGCAUCGUCCAUGGCAAAACAGGGCAUCUCAUGGCGUGCUUUACAUGCGCGAAGAAGCUAAAGAAAAGGAAUAAGCCCUGCCCAGUAUGUAGACAACCAAUUCAAAUGAUUGUGCUAACUUAUUUCCCCUAGUUGACUUGUCUAUAAAAGUAGAGUCAUGUAUUUCUAACUAUAUAACCCUAAAAAUUUAGCAUGAAAUUUAUUUUUAUUUUUUUACAUAUAUCAAAGUGAGAAAGGUGUAUGUAGAUUUCUUCUCUAGUGUAAUUUACCUGUUUUGGGGGGGAAAUCAAUAUUUACUUCCUUUUAGGAAAUUUCACUUCUGUUUAUAUAUUUGGAUUGUUAUGUAAUUUGAAUUGGAUAUGUAGCUCAUCCUUUACCCCACCCCUCGUGUUUUAAAUAAUUUCCACUUUCUCUUAAAUGAGAAGUA